CUGUUCACACACAGAUCAAAAUGAAACUCGCAACAGUUGGAAUUCUCGCCUUGGCCUUUGGCCUUUCUGAGCCUCACGGCUACCUGAUGGAUCCCCUGGCCAGGACCUCACUUCAGUUGGAUGGUUCCUACCCUUACGAUCCUCCCUAUUGGUGGGACAACAAGGGGGUGUGGUGCGACAAUGUUCAACAAGAUCUUCAAUAUUCUCAAUGCGGACGAUGUGGUGAAGCCCGCGGAAACGGGGAUGCUUCUCAAGGGGGAAUUUACGAUAAAGGAAUUGUCGUUAAAACGUACUUCUCUGGAUCAAUUGUUGAAAUGAAGGCUGGCCUAGACAAUGCUCACUUUGGUCACUUCAAGAUAGAGCUGUGUCCCCAGGCAGUGGAGACGGACGGGUGUUUCCAAACGCUGCCGAUUGUCAGCGCUUCUCAGCCUUUUGGAAAUGACACGGUUUGCAUCCCAUUCGACAAUCCGGCCCCACCCAAUGACAUUGUCACAUUCCGUGUCCAACUUCCUGCCGGGGUAACUUGCACGAGGUGCACGAUCAGGUGGACUUAUCGGACUUCGUACCCUGCCUGGGCACCCGGACAGGGCGAAUGCUACAACCCUAAUCCUGCCCAAACUUUUAGGAACUGUGCGGAUAUCACUAUUUACUAAAAAAAUUUUGUAUUAUUAAUCUGUAAAAUUUCUCUUCUUAAAUAAUUGGAAAUCAUUGACCAUAAAUUUUUUAACUAGAAUCGCAUUAUAGUUAUAGGGGAUGAGGAGGGUUUCCAAUCAUCUACUAAUAAAAAUUACACAAUAAUUACACAAUAAUUAUAAUUAUAAUAAUUUAUUACAAUGAGAUACCCCACAUUACGUCAUCUCAAGGCUAGUCAUUUAACUAGUCAAAAAUUGUAUACUCUCUUUAAGGGUGGAACUGCAAAUACAAAACUAACCGAUUUCGAAAGAUGAACUACGUAAAGCUGUACUAAAGCUAAGAAACAAAUUACCGACCAAUAUCCCUAGUCGCAACCACACUGCAAAAAAUCAGCUAGCGUAAAUUUAACGGGGUAAUUUUGGUGCUAAUUUGUCACCAUGUACUGUAAAUCUUGUCCCAAAUGUUGUCAUAAUUUACACCACACGGUGUGAAAUUUAGCAUCGCCCAGCGGGGUGGAUAUGUGACUCCACCGCCUCGGUGUCAAUAAUUCCCGAUAAAUAAACACCACACGGUGACGAAUUAACAACAUUUAGUGACAAAUUAACACUGCAUGGUGGUAAAUUAACACCAGACGGUGAUAAAUUAACACCUCCCGCGAGGUGAUGUUACACCGGAGAGUUUUAGGAUGCAUCUUAAAACUUAUGACAACAAUUCUGACAUUUGUGUGAAGUUGGCUAAGCGAACAGUUCCAGCCAACGAUCCCUUUGCAUGACAUAGUUCCGAGAACGCAGUGUUUGGCUAGGUUUGAUUCAUUUGUUGAGAUAUAAUCACGACACAAAAUAUUUAGCACGAAAAACAUCAAAAACCUUAUGCAAGUUUUCCAUCGGAACUUGGAAAAUGACGUUUAUGUAAAUGAUAUGAGUGAGACAAGGAUAAUAACCGAAAGCAAAAAAGUGUUGAAGGAGGAUUUUGUGAACAUUAAAAUACUUUAGAUCCAGAUUAAAUUAAUACUUAAAUGUUUAAACAAUACACAACUUUCACAUAAAUUAAGUAAACAAAUAACUAAAUAUUAUAAAUUCUUAUUCUGCCGCAACAAUAGGGUUUUGCUCUCGCAGUAGAUAGCAGUGCUUCAAACGUAACGUUAACUUGAUCUAAUUCCUCCACCGAAACAAACUCGAUAUUAUCAUUAUGAAAUCUCACCACCAUUCCACAGUAGGAAAUUAGCUCGGUAGACAUAUUCCAGUCAAACUUUGAUUGAUUGACAGGUUUGAUAAACUGGGAUUGCUUUCUUGCACUUUAUUUUUACCUAUAUCAUGAAUUCAAUCCAUGCAUGUCAUGACCACGUUGCGUGAUAUGCAAAUAAUUCAGACAGCAUAAAUUUCAAUAGUUUCAUAGUAUGGGGAAAAGUUAUCAAAAUAUGAUCAAUCACCUUUGUCAGCAAUGUUUUUACAACUAUUUGUCAUGCAUGUCAUGCAUGCAUUAGGAUUGAUGGACCAAACUCUAUGAUAAGAGUAAACAAAAACUGUUCAUAUUGUGCUAAAAGUGCAAGAUAGCCAUCCAUUCCAUAACCACAGUCUCGAUCUGGCAUUGCUUUAACCGAGUUGGUGGAAAUUGAGUAAAUAAAUUUCCUCCCAUACCAAUGUCUCCAAAUAUUAAGCUAAUCCUGGCAUUGGCCAGGCUUCUUAUCCUAACUGCUUUAUGUCAGGCUCAAGAUUACGACGAGCGACUUUUCUUGAUUGGUUUGGGUCAUACUAAAGCAUAUUUUACUUCUGAGAGAGAGCAUCACUGGAUUGAAGGAGCCGAUCUAUGUCAUCAAAGAGGAAUGAUGCUUGGGUCUGUCGAAACGGAACGAGAUAAUAAAAUGCUGGCCAGCUAUUUGAACUCUACAACAGACCUACCACCACGGUCAAGCGGACUUUGGUUAGCAGCAACUGAUCAGGAUGAAGAAGGCACGUUCAAAUGGGUGAGUACCAAACAAGCUGUAUCUUUCUCCAAUUGGGACACUGCCGAUGGCCUUUCGACCCUCAAUAGGACCACAAAUUGCGUCUUCUUAGACCCAGUUGGGCUAUGGAGGGAAGAGCAAUGCCACGAGAAUGUGAAGCAUCGUCCCCUCUGUGAAUUGGAGUUGUUAACCGUUCCCAGAAUUCCGGGCGAGGAUCCCUCCUUAAAUGAAGAUAUGAAACCCAAAAGGAACAUGACGGAAAGAAAACCAACAUUUGAGGAAACCGUGCAGAUAGCCAGGGAGCAUUGGAUCCCGGACCUGGAGGAAAUUGGUAGCGUGGGAAAUAAAACGUUUUUUAUUGAUUAUUCUGAUGAAAGGCACAUCAUGGAACUGUUGGAUUUAUGUCACAAGGCUGGAAUGCGGCUAGUCGUGCCGGAAAAUGAGCUUGAAGUCGAGUUUUUGUCGGCAUUCUCGCAACAACAAUUGAUUAGUGGACUCCCAUUUCUGUACACCGUGGCGGCCACAGACGUCCUCAGUAGGGAUUGUUCCAAAGGUAAUGCGGAAUUCAGACUCUUUUACUCUGGAGAAAAGGUGACUGGACCUCAGUUGUCGGGUGAGCAUUGGCGAUAUCAAUGCAUCUUCUUAACACCUGGGGGGCUAUACAACCGGGAUUGUGAUGGGGGUUGGUCCCCCCUCAUGUGUGAGCUGAGGAAAGAGUAGUGAUUAAAAAACGGUAUAAAUAAAAGUUAAGAGCAUUAAUUAAAAUCGUAGUCCGUAUUGGAAGCUAUUUUCUGUCUUUUGUUGAUUGGGUGGUUUAUUUGAAAUAAAGUUGAAAUUUAAAGCUUGCACGAUAUAUCCGUAGUAGUGGCCUAAAGAUUCUUCAUUAAUUUUUAAAUUGUGUACCCUACGUAACCCGAUAAUCCUGUUACGAGCUCGCUCGAAAUAUGAAUAGUUUGUAAUGAAGUUUUUAUUUGUGACUUUUGCAAUGAUGAGAUGAGAGUUGAAGAAUAUUGAAUUUUUGAGUUUAUUGAACACGUAAAUAAUAAUAUGUAUAAAAACAAGAGGAUUUAUUAAGAUAAAAAGGUUGUUGGCUGCUUGGUCCAACUAAACCUCAAUUUGGCUGCUUGGUCCAAAUUAUCGGUUCACAAUAUGAGUGAAAUUUGCUGCUUUGCUGCUGCUGGGCAAAUCUCAACUGAAGAGAAAUCAUUAAAACAGUAAAAAUGAAAACAACACACAAAUAGAAAGUGCAUAAGAUUUAGCAUGGAUUCUAAAUUGGAAGAAUUAGAAAUCUGCAGUUUAAUGCAUAAUAUGUACAUACAUAAGAAAGUGCAUGAUUGCAAUAUGCAUGCAAGACUGCAAGAUGAAUGCAACAACGCAUCGCAAAGAAGAAGAGAGAUUAUUAUGCACGUUUCACACAAUGCAGCGUGAAGAGUACCUGCAUGUAAGCAGGAGCAAAAAAACUGGUUUUAGUGAGUUGAAUAAGAAACGAGAAGCUGUGGCUAUUAUGCUUAAUACACCACACAAUGUUGCGUUCACUCACAAGCGAGACAGAGAUUGCAAAAAUAUUAAAGUUUCUAUUUUCUAAUAAUAAUACAAAUGCAGCAAUUAAUUGCAUGAUUAAUAUGCUACGCAACAAAAUAAGACAAAGGGAUUGUGGUCCUGAACAAGUCUGACGAUUAAACUUGUAAGCAACUUUGUUGACGGUGAACGCCUCUAGUUCUGCAAAAGUUUUUCUGCAUAGUUUCCUUGGUGCUAGUUAUGGACAUUAUACAUACGUAUAAGCUUCUGAGGUGUCUCAGAUAGCAGUAUUAUUAAUGCGUUAAUAAGUGGUGAUAGACUUUUUCAAGUCGUACUUCUCACUUUUUUUGUACAACUUCGCAUUGGUUACGGAUUUGGUAACCACAUUUUAAAAUUGCCGAUUUUUUCAAAUUAAUUAAAUUUUCGCUCUUAAUCAUAUACAUACAACCUACACUAUCAAUGUAUGAAAAUUUCACAAAAAUUGAAAGUUGACCGGAAAAGUUGUGGACUGGAGGGUGAAUCAAGAUCAGGUACGAUUCAGAUCAGAAAAUUAGAUAAAACAGUGCGAGUGAAAUAAGAUGCCUUCAGCCAAAGUAGCAAUAUACAGAGUGAUUUAGUAUCUUUUCCAAAACCUCGUCGGUCAGCAGCUUCCAAUUCUAAAAAAAUUGGAUAAACUUAGGGUAAGUAGGAGUCAGUGUGAUCGGGUGGGGUGAGUGUGAUUAGCAAAUUUUUUAUAAGAUAACCACAUAAUUUUGAUAAACUAAAAAAGUAUUAAUUGUAAUACGGAAUUGCAAUUUUUGUGAAAAAUUCAGUAACUCAAUGGGGAAUCGAACCCACGUCUUCUGAAUAUAUGUUAGACGCUUUUACCAUUAAGGUACAAGGCCACUGCCUUCUUCACAUUGCAAUUUUUCUCGUAUUUCUUUCGGUCUAUUAUGUGAAUUUCUACUUUCGCAGGUUACAACGAGCUGUUGUCUAACCUGAGAAAGUUCACUUAUGUUUUACUUAUGAAAGUAAAAAAUUGUGUUAUAGUACUAACGUUGUAGCACAAAAUAUUUUUUUAGUUUAUCAAAAUUAUGCCGUUAUCUUUUAAAAAAAUUGGUGAUCACACUCACCCCACCCGAUCACACUAACCCCUACUGACCAUAUGUUAUUGAUGUAAAAUUAAAAUGUUUUUCUGUUAAGCUAAUCUAAGUUGACCUACUCCCAUCCGCUUAGAAACUUCUUCAAUCCCUCUACUUCUUAAUUUAGGAUGCAAUCUUAUUUCUAAUUUAUUAAAAAGUGAGCCACCAAUCCUGCUCAGGAUCUCGUCAAAAGGAUUCCUUCUAUUUCUACGUCGUAGUGGGGAGGUGAUGUCGACGCUAAGUUUUUUGAGGUUCAAGCCGAAAUCAAAAUCCUUCAGGUAUCCCGGUCCAUUCGCAUGCGUGCCGAACAUUGCGUAAAUAAAGGUGGAGACGCCUUGAGGUUUAAAGAUAAAAUUUCCUCUUCCAAGUAUUGGGAAUCUUAACGAACCCAUUUUAAGAGUCCCGCUUCCUAAUCAAUAUUCACGCAUUAAAUUUUCUUCAUAAUUUUAAAAAUAAAUCCUGUACCAGAAAUCGUUAUGGAUUCCAAAGCGAUUGAAAUAUUAAUCAGCAUUUUCUGCAUGUCGGCCCUAAUUCCAGUGACGUUAAAUUUUGACCAAUCCUUCAAGUAUAUGUCUCUAUUAAUGUUUAGUGGGAGUUUUUAGUGCAAAUCUCCGAUUUUAUUUAACUUUCCAUAAUCAGAGUGAAUUUAGUUUAUUUUUUUAAUAUUGAUUUUACUUACUCAAUAUCUGCUUGAACACGACGAGGCGAACUUUUCCCUGCCGCACCCCUCAAAAUUUCCUCUUGAUUGAAAACAAAUUCAGGAAUGUGGAUUGGAUCCAAGGGCAAGAGUCCAGUGCUGUUGUCGCCUUUUUCCAUUCUGAGUUGUGCGUCCAAAAUCAUUUCGAGAAGGAUCCACGUAAAGGCAUCGUGGUCACAGAUGCUUUGUCUACCCCAUUGCGCCACUUUAGGAGUAGUCAGCUUAUUAGGGGAUGAUGUCAAAGUAUUGAAUUGGUCGUCAUUUCCUUUUUCCGAUGACAAGAACGAGUCGUCACUUUCUGCAGAAGUGGAUAAGACGGAGGAGAUACAGCUUGUUGAAAUGACACAAAUUGGAGUCAUAUAAAGUAAUAAAUUUUAAAAGUUUUUCAUUCUCAAUAUUAAUUUUAAUGCAAUAUUAUUUCCAAACUUUAUCGAAAUUUUUUGAUAACUGGUUUUUUAUCUAUGUCGAUAACGUGCAUCAGGGCACGACUAUUUUGAAACAUGACCACGCCCCCUGGGGGUGUACCCACCAUCGCCAAGAUUGAGUUUCACUUAAAACAUCGAAUACGAUAUAUCAUUCUCUUCAGGCUGACGAGGGCUUUCCGUCGGGGUAUAAAAUUUUGAAAAUAACCACGCCCCUUGUGGGCGUGCCCCAAAAUAAUUAUAUUUUAACGAUACCAUAUCAUGUGACAUUUUCGUCAGUGGUCACACGGUGUGACGACUCACCCCCAGGGAGCGUGUUCAUGUUUCAAAAUAGUCGUGCGCUGAUGCACGUUGUCGAUAUGGUUCAAAAACGAGCUAUGACAUAAAAACGAGCUAUGACAAGCUUUCGAUAAAGUUUUGCAAUAAUAUUGCAUUAAAAUUAAUUUUCUCAUUUUUUGAGAUUGUGACCCUGAUUUAAGGUCAACGAUAUCAAAAUUUCAAAAUUUGAAAAUAUAUAUUAUAGUCCAAGGGUCAAGCUUUCCAUAACAUGUUUAAUUUUGAAAAUCGGCUAAUAAUUGAUAAAGUAAUUCAAAUUUGAAAUUUCAAUGUAUUUAAGCAUUUGCGGAUCAGCCACCAAGCCUUUCAGCAAGAAUUGGCCCCGGUUUUAAAAUACAAACCAUAACAUAAAAUUUAUUGCAUAAAUGUAACAUCCCAUGAAGGACCAAAAUUAGGGACAAAACUGUGUGCAAAGCUUAAAUUCCACAAAACUUCAUGCUGAAUACACGGGGAUGUGCAUAAAGCAUGAAGUUUUAAUAAUUGAUCGUCCCAGCACAAGCAACAAUGUUAACUCAAACAUCUUAAUAAACUAAAAACUGAGAUCGGGAAAAAAUCGUUGAAUGCAUGAUGACAACCUUGCCUUCACUUUAGCCGUCCUGCUCCAACCAGAGAAAAGAAAAUAUCAUUCUCGCAGCUGCUCCGUCUCCCUCCUCACCUCUCUUUUGCCAUAAAAAUAUCGUGUUUCUUUCAAUUUGCUAAUUAAUUCACUGAUUAACUAAUUACCGUGUAUUACGUUAUUUCUUGAUUAGUUGAAUUUCUAUCAAGUGCUUAAAACCUAGAUUUGUGAAAGUCAAAACUUAAGUAAGUCGCAUAAUAAUAAUAUAACGUACUUAAAGCGUUUAAUUAGAAAAAUGGCGAUUUCUAACCGUUUGAGAUGGAAGUGUGAAAUUUGUGAUGCUUAUCUCCCUCACGAGCCAGAAAUUGCGUUACACAUUUUAGAGAAACAUGACAUCAAUAUUCUUAUACUUGAUGAGGACGUUACGAUGGGGCCAUUGAAACUACAUUGAUCAAAAAUUCUAAAUUUUGGCAAAGAGUGGAAUUUUUUGGUUCCAGUGUGCCAAUGUUUGACACUUUAUCUCAAGACGAGGAAAUGACAAUGACGACGGUGACGAAGAAAUUGAAUUUUAUGAACAGAUGGACGACGAUGAGGAACAAGGGGAUAAUGAGGAUGACUUAAUUGGCGAUUCCGAUGACGUCGCAACAGGGAUUCCAGACACCUCGCUGCAAACCUGUUACAUCUGCGGGGAGAAGUUCCCUACACAAAAAGCCUUAUUCGCCCACCGUCAAGAACACAAAGGGGAAAGACCUUUCAAGUGCGACACGUGUUCUGCAGACUUUGCAUUCUGGACAUUCUUUAAGAUGCACGAGCUCACUCACACCCCCCAAUGGUCAGAAUUGGAGAACGAUGCUAAAAAAUUGGCCGAGCUGAGGCGUGGAUUCAUGCGGCAGAGAAGAAAUUGGCGAAGGGAGGUGUACCAGCCGCCCAAAACUAUACAGUGUCCCCACUGUCCACGAACGUGCAACUGGCCGGCCCAAUUGAGAAGACACAUAGCAUGGCAUAACAACGAAAAACCAUUCGUCUGUCCCACCUGCCGUUCUGCUUUUCGAAUGAAUAGCUCAUUAACUUCGCACUUAAAACGCAAUCAAUGCACCAAAGUGAUCUUGACCACUUUCACAGGCCCCUUCUCAUGUGACCUUUGCACCAAAUCUGAGACUAAAAUCGGAGCGAGGACUCAAAACUCACCGCUGGACUGUGCACGGGAUUCGGAUAGAGAGAUCCGAAAAGAAGAUAUUUGUCUGCCCUCAGUGUAACUACGUCGCGAAAUCGGAAUCUAAUUUGAAAAAUCAUCUCAACACACAUGCCGGAUUGAGACCACAUGUCUGCGCGGCGGGGUGCGGUGCAACUUUCACGAUCAAGGGAAACAUGUUGGCUCAUGUACGGUCGCAUUGCGAUAUUGCAAGGCAGACUGGACUCGCUGCAAAAUUCCGGGCUGAACAGGACGAGGCUUUGGGGAAGUAGAAGAAGUGGAAAGUGAUUCCGGGUGGGAUUAUUUGUAGAGUGUGGAAAAAAUUGUACAAGUUUAGCUCAAUUUGAGGCACACCACCGCACUCAUGGGUCUGGGAAGUGGAAAUGUAGUAUCUGUGGGGUCGGAUUUGAAUACUCGUCACGGCUUGGGAUUCAUCGGAAGUAGGCUCAUCCUGAAUUGUUGGUCGUGCAAUGUGUCCAAUGCGAGGAAAAGUUGCGGGACGAGGCUUUAAUGAAAAGUCAUCUAAGGAAGGUUCACCGUUUCCGAAGAAUUAAAAGACUCGCGGGGGCUAAGGUAGGAGGAGGAGGAGUGGGAUGUGAAGAUGAGGUCGAGAUUCUGGAGUGUAGUAACAAUAAUGAUCAAGAUGUGGAUCCCCUAAUGUUUUAGAGAGGUUAUUCAAAUGUUGUGUGAAUACGAAUACCGAUUCUAAUUCAAAAUAUUAUUAUUUUGUGUAAUAUUAAAUUGGAACGAUGUUGAAAUUAAAACUACAAAUUGUAAACCUGAUACAUUCGGUAUGGGUUGGAAAUAUUAUUUAGAAAACUGGUAAAAUUCAGGCAUGAUUCACAAGGCAGUCAAAUAUCGAGAAUUUUUUAAAUUAUAUGGUUGGAAAGGAAAAUUAAAUUAAACUGGCUGUCAUAGUCAUUCAUAGUAAGAAUUUAAACGAUGUGCGUAGAGAUGAAGUUCAAAUAAGAAUAACACCAGCAAGGUCGCAAUUGAGGACGUCAAACAUGUACUUCGUUGUGUAUGUAGAGAAAUAAAUUUAAAUUAUUCAAUGGUUUUGUCGUCGAUUAGAAUAAUUAUUUUUAUGAAUAUUUGACCUCGUAAUUUUAUGAAUAUUGACUCAUGAUGAUAAUGAACAUUUGUAUGUAUUUUGUCAUGAUAUGAAAAUGAUGAUGAUUUUGUAUUGUGUGAGACUGGACCCGAGUAGGGAAAUUUUGAAUGGGUGCCAGCCAGUCGCUCGUAAAUGAAGUUUUGUGCACAUUUUAUCUUUCAACUUAUAUAAUUUUUGACCUCUCUUCUCCUCCUCUUUUGAUUAAAUUAUUUUCAAGGUGUUCUCAUUCCAUUGGUCAAGAGGAGGAGAGGAGGGUGGUAUUUGUAAAAGUUAGCGUCUCUUUUUUGUGUAAUAAGGACAGAAAAGUUCCAUGAAAUUUUUAGUGUCGUCUCUCCUCUCCUCUAAGAAACAUCAAGUCCCGUCACUCACUUAAAUUGUACACUCACGUUCGAAAUCAAAAAUAUUUGUAGUAUCCCAAUUGUGACUAAUAAAUAACCAUCAUUAAAGUGAC